AUGUCGGAAGUUGUCCUCCCAAACCCCGCCACGCUCAAAGAACUGCUUCGAAAAGUUGUCCUUGUGACUGGAGCUGCAAGUGGAAUAGGCCUUGCAACUGCCCGACUGUUCGCCCAAAACGGUGCGAAGGUUAUUUUGGUUGAUCUGGAUGCAAAAAAACUGCAAGAUGUGGCACAAAGUAUCGGCCAUGAGUGCGAUUCUUACGCGUGCGACGUCUCGUCAUGGGAGCAACAAGUCGCCUUGUUCAACUGGGCCACUCGCAUAUACGGACCGCCAGAGAUAGUGUGUUUGAAUGCUGGCAUCGAUCCCGAGCUUGCAACCUCGGAGCAAGCGUCAGCCAAGGAGCGAGUUGCAAGCAACUACCUCGCGGACGAGGAAAACGGACAAUUCCUCAAGCCGCCGCCGAAAGUGAUUUUUGACGUCAACUUCUAUGGCGUCCUUUAUGGGAUCAAACUGGCGGUGCAUCAUCUUGAAGACGGACGAGCGGGCCGUAUCAUCAUCACCGGAUCCGCUGCCUCAUACAUCCCCGUCCCUUACCAAGACAUGUAUGUGGCAUCGAAGCACGCUCUCAUGGGGUUGAUGCGCAGCACAUCCCGAAGAGAAGAGCUGAGGGCGAAGAAUGUAUCUAUCGCUAUGGUAGGGCCGUGGCUCACACGCACUGGGUUGACCGCCAAUCUACCACCCGACGCAUUCCAAGGACACGAGGCAAGUGAACCGGAGGAUGUUGCAUUGGGAAUUGCAUAUCUCGCAACAACAGAGAACGAAACAGAUAUCAAUGGCAAGUGUUUGUGGGUCAGAGGAAAGAGGUGCAUUGAGAUUGAGGGUGCAUACGAGAAAUGGCUGGCAGAGAUGAUGGGAAUCUAG